UCGACAGAAUCAGGAAGUAACGAAACUUUUUCAUUUCAUACAACGACAACCACAAGAAGCCCUAGCCCUUCCUUUUCCUGCUAAACUUUAAUCGAGCCAAGCUAUGGCUGAAUUUCUGUCAACAAAGGCUACGGACAAACUAAACUCACAGCUCAACAGACUGUGCGUAUGGCUUUCGAGUGACCCUGAGUACAUCCUGGAGCACUGCGGGGACAUCCUAUCCGUAAAUGAAUAUAAAAAGGUAACAAAACAAAGCAGUGGUUCAGAGCAGAUAAGAGAACUAUUGGAAAUAAUCAUUCAAAAAGGAGAAGAUGCCUGUCAGAACUUUAUUGACACUCUGAGGAAGCACCAAGGACACUUCCCACAACUAAAGCAGUUUUUCGUCACUGAAGCUGAAGUUCCAGGUUCAUCCACUCCAAGCAUGUUUGCUGAUGGUAGCAGUGUUGUGUCCCGCAGAGAAAUUACAAACACAACUGCAAAAAACAUUUCAUUUAACAUCCAAACAGUAAGCCAGCCGGCAGACAGCAGUUUGUCUGGAAAUACUAAACCCCAAGCAGAUCUCGCUGCAAGUGGUGGCAGUGUUGUAUGUGCUGAUAAAAUAUCAGGUGUCCAUGUUGAUGGGGGUAUAAAUUUCUCAGUGUGUGUGAAUGCACCACAAGAAAACACAGGUAUGGUAGAGGACACACAGCCACCUCCUCAGGGUCCAGCUGUGAGAAAGAUCAAGGAGCAUAAGGUGGAACUCAUUAACUGCCUGAUGGGGGAUCGCUUCAUUCUGCAGUAUGUGGAUGCCAAAGGAAUCCUCUCUCUCAGACAAUAUGGAAAUCUGAAGCACACCUCUAACCCAGAGCAAACUGUAACCAACCUGAUAGAUCUUCUGAUUAGUAAAGGUGAAGAGACCUGUGAUCAGUUUCUUCAGAUUCUUAAAGAUCCUGAAGUUGAAGAAACGUAUCCACAGCUGAAAAACAUUAUAAAGUAAAGUAUAAAGUAAUCAUGGUAAAGGGAAUUGCAAAUCGGUUUUUAAAACAUUGCUCAAAAAAUUAGACUUUGAAAGCACAUCAGAUAUCAAUGGGAACUAUGGACCCCAAACCACGCCACAUGCUUGUCUCAAUGGCUGAAAACAUCGGGGCAUGCUCCUAAUGAGUUGACGGAUGGUGUCCUGGGGGAUCUCUUCCCAGAUAUGGAACAAGCGACACUGAGCUCCUGGACAAUCUGAGGUGCAACCUGGUGCCAUCAGAUGGACUGAAACAUAGUCCCAGAGGUGUUUUGUUGGAUUUAGCUUAAAUAAGCAUGGAAGCCAGUCAACAGUAUCAAUUCCUUCAUUCUCCAGGAACUGCCUGUAUACUGUGGGCAUAUGAGGCUGGGAAUUGCUCUGCACGAGGAGGAACCAAGCAGCCACUGCACCAGCACAGAGUGCACAGUGAAUCCAAGGAUUUCAGCUGCUGUCUAAGCUGUGGUUGGGGGAGGUCUGUGUGUCCCUCCAUGGAUAUGGCUCCCCACACCAUCACUGACCCACCAUCAAACCAGACAUGCUGAACAAUGCUACAGGCAGCAUAAUGUUCUUGACAGCUUCUCCACACCCUUGGAUGUCUGUCAUGUCUUUCAUGGCUUUGUCCAGCUCCCCUGGACUAACCGCCUGUCUCCUGGAAUCUCCAUCCUCUUGAGACACUGGACACCUUUUUGCAAUGCCACGUAUCAAGGUGCCAUCCUGGAGGACUCGGACUGCUCGUCCAACCUCUGUAGGGUUCUUGUAUCUAUGCUACCAGUAUUGACACUGACCCUAGCCAAAUGCAUAGGUAAUGAAAAAAAAGAAAAGAUGAGGAGGGGAAAAUAUCAGUGGGCUCUACCUGUAAAUCAUUCUAAUUUCAUUAGUAUGAAAGCAGCUGAAACUGAUUGACAACCCCCUCUGCUAUUUAGCAGACCAGAUCAAUUGACUUGAUGUCGUGCUUUGAUUAAAAGGUGUUCUUUUAAUUUUUUGAGCAGUGUAUAUACACACUUGCACAUUCCCACAAUUUUAAUGUAACUGUGAGAUAUGCCUGUCUGCUUUUUCAAAAUAGGGCACUUAAGUGAGGUACUAUCCUCAGACUUUAUUACUAAAUCUUAAAGAAUUAAAAAUGAAGCAUGUGAAAUGAUUGUGUGUUGUUAGUCUGUAUACGAUACACUGAGAUUUGUUGUAUACGUGUUAUAGCUAUGUAUUGAAUUGAAUAUUGCCACCAGGUGACAGCAUGAAAUAUGUUUAUAUUCUUAGUAGAGUUUUAACUACUGCCGAGGAGAACACAGAUGUUACAACACAGAUGAAGUUUCACAAAAGUUGAGUGUUUAAUGAAAUAAAAUGAAAACUCUGCUUCUCA